GGUAGGAAGGGAGUGCAUUAACUUGAUUGUUUUAUAUUGUAAUGGCUAGUUGUCUCCAAGCUAUUUUUUCCUGACCAUACCCUUUUAUCGACGGUAACAUGCAGAGUUAGACACACUCGACAGACGUGGAAGAGGAAUGGAAUAUGGCGGCAACUGACACUCAGCUGAUGUUGAGUGUCGGACUCAUCGAGAAAGACGUGAAUGCGGAUACUCUGUGGGUCUGGUGUUUUCCAUCAGUAAGUGCUGAACUGAGGGAGGUCCUGCUGAGAAAAUGCUGUUUGACGCAGGACAGCAACGAACUCCAUACGUUUGUGUUCGGACAAUUCUGUCGUACUUGGUACUACAUCACCACUGUGGAGGUUCAGGAGCCCACAGUCUUAAACAAGGUUACACAUUUUUCAGUAAUCAUUACAGCCAAGGACUUUAACCCAGAAAAGUAUGCUGCCUUCAGCAGGGUCCUUUGCAGGAUGUACAUGAAGCAUGGGAGUCCGGUAAAGAUGAUGGAGGGUUACAUUGCUGUGCUGACAAAAGGCAUCUGCCAGAGUGAUGAGAACGGUUCAUUUUUCAUCAAAGACUAUGAUGUCAGAAAGGCUUACCUGGCAGGCUCAAUUAAAGAUGUGGUGUCUCAGUUUGGAAUGGAGACUAUCAUUCUCUACACAGCGCUUAUGCUGAAGAAGAGGAUUGUUGUGUAUCACCCCCGAGUUGAAGCCCUGUUGGAGUUUACGAGAGCGCUUCCAGCCCUGACAUGGCACAGGAAAGACUGGUCUAUCCUUCAUCCAUAUGUUCACCUGAACGACAGAGAGCUGGACAAUUUGCGGCUGUGUACAGGCUAUGUUGCCGGGUUUGUUGACCCAGAAGUCAGUAACAGAUCGGACCUGUUUGACGUUUACGUGAACCUUCCUGACAGUGAGAUCACCAUAUCCCAGAGUGCCAAAGAAACCAUGGCGAUGGGGAAACUCCAUAAAGAGAUUGGUCACUUCAUCGUCCAGUCAGCAGAGGAUACUGACCGAACCGACGCUCAGGUCAUCAAGGAUAUUUCUGUGAAGACACGGGAGAUUCUCACAAAUUUAGUGUCUCUAGCUGAAGAGUGUGAGAACUCAAAACUCACCUUGGAGUCCCUGAAACAGCGACAUUUCCCCCCAGCAACUGAAAACUUCCUCUUUCACCUGGCUGCAGCAGAACAGCUUCUUAAAAUUUGACCAAUCAGUGUUCUCCAGAAGCAGGUGAUGUCACAAUAUGAGGAAACAGUGUCUAACCCUAUCAGUCAAGAACAAGCACUUAAAUAUUUUUGUACAUGGUAAGAGAAAACAGGUUUUGGGUUCAGUUAUGGUGAACAUUGAUAGCUGUGGAAAUUACUAUGAUUUGGACUGAAGUGGGACCUGUUACAUUGUGAUACCGUGUCCAUACUUUGUGGUUUGAUGUAAAUUAAGAGUUUUAUGGUUAUUAAAUGCUUAAUAUGAAACACAACUAUAAAUUCACAUGACUAGUGGAUAUCGAUGACAAACCCCUUUUCUUAGAAAAACUUUACUGUGCUGAAGAAAAAGUAUUUAUAAAAGUCCUCAUGGCCCCCCUGUCUGGCACAUUUUUUUAAAAAAAAUUUGUUUGGCACAAACACAUCUGAUUGAGCUUCUUAGCUAACGAUCAAGCAGUGGAUCAUUUGAAUGAGGAAUGCUAGAGGAAGGCCGAAAUGUGAGGUACAGGGAAUCCAUGAGGACUAGGACAAAACACUCUGCUAGAACAUUCCACAAUGUGUCAUCUUUAAAAGAGCGCAUCAUCACAGAUUUCUUCCUAACUAAGUUAAGACGUCGAGUGAAAUAUCAUCAUAACCUUUUCCAGUUGAUUUUAAUGUUCAGCCUUCAGCUAAACCGUGAGUGCCAGACUAUAAUGAACUUCCAUUCCUACAGGGCAGUCAUGGUUACAAUCAUUUGUCUUGAAUAUGGAGGAUUUUACAGUUUUCCUCAUGUACUUGUUUGCAUAUGGACUGCUCAGUCCCUCCUUCAUGAUUGUUUCUCUGUUCAUACUGCCAUAGAUUUUGAUAUUUUAAAGACAUGCUUUUACGAUUCUUGCUCAAUUACAUUGUAAGAAUUGACCAUUAACACCCUUGUUAUCAAGGGCUAAUCUUUGUGCCUAUUCAGAACAAAAAUGAUACACUGUACAUUUGUGCAAUACGUGCUGAGAUUGAACAAAUAUUCAAAUGUAUUUUCUUACAUGCUGAAAAGUUAAGUUGUAAUAAAUAAUGUCAUAUAUAUUGCAUGCAAGCUAACACACACAUGAAUACAUUGGUUCAGAUUGUUGUUUAGUAAGAUAACCCAGCUACAAUGUGAAGAUUGCUGUGAAAUUCUAGCAGUAAUUUAGAGAGAAGAAAAUUAAUAAAAAGAAUGCAAAUAUAUGACAGCAAUAUUAAAUUUUUCAUAUGAUUUUUUAAAAAGUGCUUAAGUAAGGUGUGUGUAUUUCCUGAAUUGUCAACAAUACAUUGUCAAUACAUUUAUCAGUG